AUUCUCAACACUAAUGAGUAAUGACCAUAAUUUGUUCAAGAUAGUUUUAAUAUCUAAUAUAUUAUAUUAUAAAUAUUAUAUCUACUAUCAUUUCUCCAUUAGAUAUAGUAUAAAAGUAAGUACCUAUUUGUGAUAAUUAAAUUAUUAUUAUUUUAUUACUCGCAUUAUUCAUUAGUAUAACUAGUAUAAGGUAAUUAUAUAAUUAAAUAUUAUGAUCAACGAUAAUAGUGCAUAUCAAAAUGGGAAGACAUCAAAAUUAUUGUCAUUCUGUAAAACUGUCCACACCAGUAACAACUUACAUUCUAAUUGAAUUUUUAUUGUGGUUUAAUUUUUUUUUAUUUAACGUUAAAAUGGAUCAACUUAAAAAACGUACUCGUCAACCAUCGAAAAAGUUAUCAACUAAAAAGAAAUUGAGUAAUCGAGUGAUGAAUUUUCUAGGAAUUCAAAACAAAACCAAUCCCAAUCCAGAGGUCGUAGAAUCUGUUGUGAAACCUUUUUUCUUGGGUGAUGACAAUCAACUACCAUGCACAUCAAGGGAAACAAUUAGGUAAACUUUUGCUAAAUUAUAUAGCUAUUAAAUUUGGUAAACUAUAAUAACUUAAUAUUUAAAUAAUAUACGGAAAAUGUAUUACAUAAUCGCAUGCAGCAGUAUAAAUAUUUAUAUAAUACAAUAUUUUUAUAUAUUUUUUAAAGUCAAAAUCCAGAGCUCGUAAAAUCUGUUGAGGCACCUUUUUUCUUAGGUGCUGACAAUCAACUACCAUGCACAUCAAGGGAAACAAUUAGAAAAAUAAAUGAUCCGGAGGGUAAUGCAAAUAAUUAUUGGAAUACUGAAGAAAAUUUACAUAACUUAACAGUGGACGAAUCUAUACUUAGUAAUCAAGAAAUUAAGUAAUAAACAAUUUCUCCGCAAAACACUGAUUUGUUAGCCUACGUUAAUACAAAAUUUGUUUAUGUUGAAAACUUCUUUAAAUCUACGAUAACAUCAUUGUAUAAUGACAUAAUUAAAAAACAGUGUGAUCUCGAACGAAAAAUAUUACAACAAAAGCUUACACUAGCCUCUUCGAGCAUUUCCGACUUUUCGUAUCUUAUGGGCGAAGGACCAGGUUUUACUGCAGUGAAAACAGGCGAAAUAAUAUAUUUAAUAAAAUGUAAAAAGGUAAAUGUUGAAAUAUCGAGAAAAAAUGUAUGUUUUAAUGAACUACCAGUUUUAUAUAACAACAAAACGUUUUUCAUGGCCCCCAAAACGCACAUAUUGCAACAAUUUGGAACUCAAAUUGAUUGUAAUAUACUACUUCCACCUGGCUUCAAUUUGGACGGAGACUGGUUUGGUAUUGUACCCAAUAUACAAGAAAUAAAAAAACCACAAAAGCUCAAACCGGCUACAACCUGGACGUGGUCGUACAAAAGUCCAGAAUCGCUUAUGAAUGCUGGUAUAUACACACAAGACACAAUGAAAGCUUUUCAGCAACAUAUAUUGUUUCCACAAGAAGUGAGUGCUGCUACAAAUAAUUUAAUAAGACAAUCUAUGGGAUAUGAUACGACUAACCAAGGUCUGCAAUAUAAAUAUCUUAUUGACGAACAGACAAUAAGCAACAUGGUCGAAAAUAAAUUACAUCAACUUUGGGGAUGGUUUACAACUAUUGGUACUUUUGUUUCGGGACUGAUGGGGAUAUUUUUUAUUGUAAAAUUAAUAUUAACACUAGUGGAUACGGGGAUUAAUAUUACUAUUUUAUACAAAACCUUUGGGUGGAGUGCAAAACUGUUGGCAGGAAUUUUUUCUAGUAUUACCCAUUAUUUAAUGUUAAAGACACACAAAAAAAAUCAAAAUUUUGAUCAAGACUCGCUAGACACAAAACAUGUUCGCUAUUCAAUUAAAAAUAGCAAAAAAGUGUACCCGAGCUUGAGUCAAGAUUCUGUUUAAACACUUUAAAGCCAUACAGAAAUAAUGU